AUGGCGUUGAGCUCAGCACCAUCCACCAGGGUUGCAGAGCCCGUGUGGCGGCUUCGCAUCGAGCCCGAUGCGAGCAAGCCUUGGAUGCUUCUGGUGCAUCGGCGCAGUCGCUUCGUGCAUGGGCAGCAACACGUUGCCUUGACGGCCGUGGCGGUGGGCGCAGUGACUGUGGCCUCAGCUAGCCGAAAGCGCUGGCGAUUGUCUUGCGCAGCAGAGCCGGCAGAGCCUGCUAUCAAGAGCGGCUUCCUGGCUUUUCCGAAACCCUUCGUGUUUGGCGUCGCCACAUCUGCGUACCAGAUCGAGGGGGCAGCCAACAUGCACGGCCGCAAGCCUUCCAUUUGGGAUGAGUUUUCGCACAAGCCUGGUACGACAAACGAUGGGGCCACGGGGGAUGUUGCUUGUGACCACUAUCACCUGUUCAAGGAGGAUGUGGCCCUCAUGUCGAGCCUGAACGUCAAGGCUUACCGAUUUUCAAUCUCGUGGAGUCGAAUUCUUCCAGAUGGAACUGGCCACAUCAAUGAGGAGGGGAUCAAGUUCUACUCAGACCUCAUCGACAGCCUGCUUUCAGCAGGUAUCGAUCCUUGGGUGACUUUGUACCAUUGGGAUUUACCUGCAACGCUCGACUGGCUGGGCCCUAAGGAGCCUAUAACAUCGGCUUUUUCAACAUAUGCCCGCACGUGUUUCAAGCAUUUUGGUGAUCGCGUGAAGAACUGGAUCACACUGAAUGAGCCUUGGUGCAGUGCAGUCUUGGGAUACAAUACGGGCGAUCAUGCGCCUGGUUAUACUGACGCCGGUGAAUGUGCCCCAUAUAUCGCAGGCCACAACAUGCUGCUGGCGCAUGCCGAAGCCGUUCGAGUUUUUCGCGAGGAAUUUGCGGACCAGGAGGGCCAGAUUGGUAUCUCGUUGAAUGCAGACUGGCGCCAGCCCAUGGAGAGCACCUAUGAGGACAGGCGAGCUGCUCGCCGAGCGAUGGAUUUUUCCCUCGGCUGGUUUGCGCAGCCGGUGUUUCAUGGGGACUACCCGGAGUGCAUGAAGGAAACCUGUGGCGACAGGCUUCCCACUUUCACACCGGAUGAGUCAGCACUUCUCAAAGGUUCCAGUGAUUUCUUCGGUCUGAACAGCUACAGUGCCAAUUUCGCGAAAGUUGCACAGCAGCCCCUCGAGGGCUCUGGCUACUGGAACGACAUUGGAGUUGAGUGGUGGCACACAGAUCCAGAUUGGGAGAGAUCUGACAUGGGGUGGCCGAUCGUACCAUGGUCCUUGCGUGAGAUCUUGCUGUUUAUCCAGGAGCGAUACAGUCCGCUCGGCGGCAUUAUCAUCACAGAGAACGGGUGUGCGUGUGAAAGUGAAGAAUCCGCCGACCUGGAUUGCAGGUCAGAUGCUCUGACCCCGGUUGCGUGGGCUGGUGACGUCGGGAGGCACCAGGCUGACAUGACCUUCGAUGAUCCAGAGCGCGUUCGCUUCUUCAGGGCUCACUUGAGCGCCGUGCAUGCAGCCAUCUCCCGCGGGGCAGACGUGCGUGGUUACUUUGCCUGGUCUUUCCUGGACAAUUUUGAAUGGGCUGAAGGUUAUGCAAAGCGCUUCGGAAUUGUCCGGGUGGACUUCCCAACUCAGGAGCGUAUGCUCAAGUCAUCUGCUCGCUUCCUUGCCAAUGUCUUCGAGGUCGGUGUGAGAUCGUUCCUAGUUCUAACUUCCUACUACCCUGUACUGUGCAGGUUGCUGAGAAGCUGGCACUUGGCCUGCUUUGACAAUGCCGCGCACGUUGAAGUUGCCCUGCUGGAAAAGCACAAGCUGAUGGAAGGUGUGCAAGCAAAGAUUGACCAUGCCAGACAGCAGCUGAAGCGAGACUGCCUCCACAGCCGAACAAAAGGUCUUUCUCUACUGGAAGGCUCUGCGAGGCUACACGCAUGCCGGCAAGUUAUGUCAUUCUGGGCAGCGAUUGCUGCAGUAGAAGUGGAUCGGCGGAGCCACAUGAGGCUUUAUGUCCCGGCCUCGAUUUACAAUCUUGAGUAA